AAUUCAACGAGGAAGAACAUGGCAACGGAUAUCGUUCCAUCAAAUCAUGCCACAGAGCUGUUGCCAACGACUGUGAGCAAUGUCAAGCACUCUAGAAAACAUGGCAAUAGACAUAUGAACCUUGCCAUUACCCGCUGCAAUGGCCAGGCACAAGACAAUUUGACUACAGUCAUUACUCACUACGUCGAGACCCUAACUCAGCGCAACUCGCGCAACUUGGGCUACCCCACUAAUCAGGCCUUCAACUAUGACGCAUUAGCACCGUUGCUUCAAUUUCACCUAAACAAUGCUGGUGAUCCAUUUGUAGGCAGCAGCUACUGUCUAAAUUCAACUGCAUUUGAAGUUUGCGUGCUUGAUUGGUUUGCAAAUCUGUGGGAGAUAGAGAAGAAUGAGUACUGGGGAUAUGUCACAACAGGUGGAACUGAAGGCAAUCUUCAUGGGAUUUUCGUGGGGAGAGAGCAAUUUCCAGAUGGGAUUUUAUAUACCUCACAAGAUUCACAUUAUUCAAUUUUCAAAAUAGCAAGAAUGUACCGAAUGCAGUGUGAGAAGAUUAACGUUUUGGUCUCUGGUGAGAUUGAUUGUAUUGAUCUAAAGGCUUUACUUCUUGAUCACAAGGACAAACCAGCCAUCAUCAAUCUAAACAUAGGGACAACUAUGAAAGGAGGAGUUGAUGACCUUGAUCUUGUUAUUGAAACGCUUCAGGAAUGUGGUUUCACUCGUGAUCGAUUCUACAUUCACUGUGAUGGAGCUCUAUUUGGAAUGAUGUUGCCUUUUGUCAAACGAGCCCCAAAGAUUACCUUCAAGAAGCCCAUUGGAAGUAUAACAAUCUCUGGCCAUAAGUUUUUGGGAUGUCCAAUUCCUUGUGGCGUUGUAAUUACUCGUCUAGAACAUACAAAUGCCCUUUCUAGAGAUGUUGAAAUUAUUGCUUCAAGGGAUGUCACAAUCACAGGUAGCCGUUGUGGGCAUGCACCAAUCUUCCUUUGGUAUGCUAUCCAAGAAAAAGGCUUAAUAGGACUUAGGAAAGAAGUGUAUAUGUGCACCCUGAAUGCAUGCCACCUACUGAAUCAACUACGUGAUGGUGGCAUUAGUGCAAUGUUGAAUGACUUUAGUAACACAGUUGUCUUUGAAAGGCCUCUUGAUGAUGACUUUACGCGUAGAUGGAAUUUGGCUUGCAAAGGUAAUAUUGCACAUAUAGUUGUGAUGCAGCACGUUACUACUGAAAUUCUUGACUCCUUUGUUGCUGAAUUUAUCCAAAAACGACUUAUUUGGUUCAACGAUGAACUCAGAAAGCCUCCAUGCAUUGCAAAUGACAUUGGAGCUGAAAAUUGUGCUUGUACAUUGCACGUAUAA